AUGGCGCGCAAGGCGCCUCCGAAAUCGAGGACCUCCAAGCCGGCAAGCGCGCAGAAACCGAGCUCAGAGCUUGGUGAUGGUGACCUUCAAGUCCGCUACAACACCCGCACGGGACGACCCAUUCGCGACAAUGCUGGCCGCAAGUCGCUUGACCCUUCGUACCUCGACACCACUGAAGUCAUCGAUGACGAGGGCCUAGACAGCGAAUCUGGAUCAGAGGACGAGGAAGGCGUCAAGAAAAAGCACCCCAAGAGGAAGCGAACUCCUUCUCCACCAUUGCCAGAUGUCGAUCCGCUGCCACUCUACCCAGACGACGUUCCAUCGCGCGAGCCAACUCCGCAUUCACUGGACGAUGAGGGGGUCGGCUCUAUCAACUUGACCGUCAACGUUCCGAAAGGCUUCAGUGGUCCUCUGACUCUGAAGAUCGACCGAGCCUUAUUCAUAAACGGACAGUCAGAACCCCCGGCCAAGCGCCAGCAUCUGCCCAGUGCCCGUGUGAAUUCGUCGAAGCUCAGCACCGGAAACACUAUCUCGGUUGCCCCUCGCAAGACAUCCAUUCGCCAACGCGGAUACUUUGGUUCCGAUACCCGCGAGGAUCCCACGAAGAAGACCUUCGCUGAUCUUCCGGCGGAGCUUCGAAACCAGAUAUACCGUCUGUUGUUUGUCACCAAGGAGGACGUCAGCUUCUCACGCCCCGUGAACUUUAGCCGCUCUGGAGCUUUGCUGCGAACCUGCCAACAGAUAUACAAGGAAGGACGCAGUGUUCUCUAUUCCGAGAACCGAUUCGCCUUCUCACGAAACACCCAUUCCCGCGCACCCUACUGGAGUGCUCAAGAGAGAGAGGUCGGCUAUCAAGACAUGAGAGUCUUCCUCAACUCAAUUGGACCUACCAACAUAUCUCUGCUUAGGUCCAUCUCGAUUGUACUCACUGACGCGUCCCCAUCGAGUGCUCCUUACUUGGACCAUGAAGGACGUCGCUUUGUCCGUGAUGAGCAUAUCAUCAACUGCUUUCGCCAGAUUUCGAAGCAUGGCAAACUGAAAGAUAUCGAGCUUUCGUUCUACGGACGAAAGUGCCUCUGUCGAACAGAUUACCGUUUUCUUGAUGCCUUGAGGGAGAUCAAGGCUGAUGAGGUUCGCUUUGAACCGCCCGAACACCUCUGGUAUCCUUCAAAGGUCGACUAUCUCGUGAAGGUAGCACUCCUUGACUCGAUGGUCCGCCCUACCAAGAUCUACAAGAAGGAAUGA